AUGGCGGAGCGCAGCACCAGCAGCAGCGCGGGGCUGCUGGCCAAGCAGGUGCAGAAGAAGUUAAGCCGGGCCCAGGAGAAGGUGAUGCAGAAACUGGGGAAAAAAGCAGAAACCAAAGAUGAACGCUUUGAACAGGCUGCCCAAAACUUCUACCAACAGCAGGCUGAAGGCCAAAAACUGUGCAAGGACUUGAAACAUUUCCUUAGUUCUGUCAAAGUGAUGCACGAAAGCUCGAUGAAACUGUCCCAAACACUGCAGGAGAUCUACAGCUCUGAGUGGGAGGGCUACAGGGACCUGAAAGUCAUUGCAGCGGAGAGAAUUUCCAAGCGAAGUCGGAAACUAGUAGAUUAUGACAGUGCCCGGCACCACCUUGAAGCACUACAGAACUCCAAAAAGAAGGAUGAGGCUAAAACCAUCAAGGCAGAGGAGGAGUUUUUCAAAGCACAGACAGUGUUCGAGGACCUGAACCGAGACCUACAGGAAGAACUGCCUCUCCUCUACAGCAGCCGCAUUGGCUGCUAUGUGACCAUCUUCCAGAACAUUUCCAACCUCCGCGACAUUUUCUAUAAGGAGAUGAGUAAGCUGAACCAGGACCUGUAUGAAGUGAUGAGCAAACUGGAGAAGCAGUAUUCCAGCAAAGUCUUUGUGGUCAAGGGCAUAUCCAAGCACCGAAGCUCCUUUGUCAUCUCAUCCCCAGUCCCUAAAUUGAGUGGUUCCGUACUCGCUGGAGAAGGCAGCCCUCUGAUGUCCUCUAGAAGUCUUUCUCCCGAACAAUCCUCUUCUGACAGUCCGUCUCCUGACAGCCACUCUCCCAGAAGUUCCUCUCCUACUGUUAACUCUCCCAGAGUCCCUAGUCCCACUGUGACCUCUUAUUUUUCCUUUAAGCAGGAAAGAGAAUCAUUCUCUGGAGAGGGAGAAACUCUAGCUAUGGAACUAGCCCAGAGAGGAGACUCCCCUGAAUUCCAAGAUAACCCCUUUGAAGAAGAGAGGAGUGGGUACCUAGAAAGCCCCGGGAUUGAAGAGCGGGCCCUACUGCCCUGCAAUGGCCCAGCUCAGGCUGAGCUCCCAAACGAAGGCUCCUCUGGGACCUCGCCUUCUCUGGAGGAGGCUCCCUUCCCAACCCCAGGAGAGUCCCAGCCCCUGCCCCAGGCCCCUGGUGAAGGCCAGCUAAAGGAGAGGAUGCCCAGUCCAAGAGUCUCAGCUCCCCCCAGUAGGCCACCUCCUCCUAAAGCCCUUUCCAGCCCAGGGCCCUUACCCGAUCUCAUGCCAGCUGAGAAGCCAAGACCGUGUGCGCCCGAAGCCAGCCAAGAGGGCUCCGGUGCCAGAAGCUCGGAGGAGCACAAGGGCCCUCCGGCAGCAGUCCUCAAGAUUUUUUCUGAACUUGACAUAAAGGGGGAUAGGAAGAAGGAAGAGAGCAAAGAAUUGGACCAGAGCAAGAAGCAAGAUUCAGAUGGCACAAAAAGGGAGAUGAAGAAAGGGAGCAAAGAAUUGGACCAGAUCAAGAAGCAAGAUUUAGAUGGCACAAAAGUGGAAAGGAAGGAAGAAAGCAAGGAAUUGGAGCAGAACAAGAAACGGUAUUCAGAUGGUGCAAAAGGGGAGAUGAAGAAGGAAGAGAGCAAGGAAUCAGACCAGAGCAAGAAACAGGAUUCAGAUGGCAUAAAAGCAGAGAUGAGGGAAAAGAGGAUGGACUUAGACCAGAGCAGGAAGCAGGAUUCAGACACUCCCCUUCAGGUGAAGGAACGUCAGAAGGAGGAAGAACAUUUAGCAAGAACUUCCCAACUGUGAUCCCCAGCCUGGGGAAGGAGCCCUCCUGGAAGCAAGAUGUUCCAUGGCCAGCCCAGCAGGACCUCCCUCUGGGGGCCCCCCAAAACCUGGGGGGAUGAGAGGCCCCCCAGCCUUGACUGCAAACACGCUGGAAGCCGGCGCUGGGUGUUGUUAGUACAAUAAAGGCCAGUUUUCUUGUUCUUUUGAGUAAGGUGGUGCUUUAGGGUUUGGAUCAGAAAGCACCCCCUCCUGCACACACACACUGUGCUGCCCUAACAGGCCCCAAGGGGCAAUGUUCAGUGUUAAAGGCAAAUAAACUAAACGGUUCUAAAUUUA